CUGUGGUCUAAAGUGCGGCGUCGUUAGGCAUCGAACCGGGACGGGUCUUCCUACAUUACACAACUUUUUUUUAAAUAUAUUUUUAAACCUGAAACUGGUAAUUGACACCACAUACUUUCUUUCGUUAUUCAUUAAACUUCAGUGUUGUACUAUAAAAGUUAAUACUACGGCACAAAAAAGCCGACAACGACUAGCUAGCGAAGGCUAACACACCACUAACGAUAAGGUCGCGAGAUAUUGGUGGUUUUGGUAGGCCUCUGCUAUGUAGCAUAAGCUAAAAAUAUAAUUGAAAUAAAAACACAAACACAAUAUAAGAGGUGUUAAGGCGGGUGGGUUAAACAGCAGACAUAAAAUCCAUUGUCAUAUGUUCUCCACUAUUUUAUCUAACAUUAGUCUUUGUUGCUCUUCAUACAGUAACGUUAUUGCUUUCCUUCUCUGCUGGGAAUCGUUGGUAGUUCGCUCCAGCUAACUCUGAGCUACUUUUUAAAUUUAUAAACAGUAAGUAUCUGAUUGUUGUCUUGACUGUUUUGUUUUUUUAAAGCUUUCACUUUAAAUACUUUAAACUCUCUGUUCUUGGUCACGUUAGUGGUCUCAGAUAUCUUUACUUGUAACGUUAAACUCACAACCUUUUCAUUUGGGGCUACAGGAGAAAUUUCGUUAUUUGGUUUACUAAUAUUUUGAGUCAGUAACUUUGUAAAUCAUUAUUUGUUUAUCGCGUCAUAUCGCGUAUAAGUACUAUUUAGCUUCGCUACAGUUUUUUUCUUCCUUAAGAUGGAAGCCAGAGUUGUUGUUCAGGUUUAUCAGUGUCGAACUGAGGCCUACAUGUCUGGUGAAAAUAAACAAUCCAGGCCUGGACUCUCGAAAAGGGCAGAUUCAGUUGUUCUUUAUUCUGAAUUCGAUACUUGAAAUAUAUAAACAUGGGUUAAUAAUCUAGUCAAAUAGAGUCUGUCCACUGACCUGGACUCUUGUUAAAACUAAACUCAUCUGCAGUCAUUAUUGAUUGUAUUGUGUCUCACUCUUUGCAGAAAUGUCCAACUGUCACCUUUGUAUUUGUGAAGAACUAUCUGUCUCUUAAUAACACUUUGUUUCAGUUCCCUGGGGGAGUGUUUUUGAUUCAUUUUUUAGGUUUAAAUCCAUCCUCUUGGCUCUUUGCGGGAAUCCCUGGAUAUGGAUAGCAUUCCCCCCCAUGAGAAUUCAUUGGCAGAAGAUUUUUUUUUUCUCUUCAGCAUUGGUUGAAAAUCUCUUAACGGCUUGAAUAUCCUGUCAAUUUUUCUUCUAUUACCAUCACCCAAAUGUCACCAACUCCAAGAAGAAGCUGAGGAUUGUUUUUCCACCUGCCAUCCACACCCUUUUUGCUAAGCAUUUUUGGAGAUCAAUUUUUUUAUUUUCUGUCAGUUUAUGCCCCCCUAUUUCUUUAUUUUAUUAAUUGCACCAAUUAAUAAAAAAAAAAUAAAAAAAAGUUCCCAAAGGACUCUAUUGCAUCCACCUUCAGUUAUGCUUAGCAGUCUUGCGGGAUAAAGAUUUCUCAGAGUCUCAGAAAAGGGAUGUCGUAGGAAGACAAGUGUCUCUGGACGAGCCACCCCUCUUUUCCUAUUAUCUCACGGAUCAAGUGUUCCUUCAGGACUCCAUACCACCAAGGAGACACCCCACCAGCAGUGAGGGAUACAACUUCUCAGCCACCUCAGGCCCUGAAUAGAAUCAGCUGCUGGGUUUAUCACCUCCACCACCCGAGGCAUCCCCGCAUUACUAUGACCAACCAUGGAGAUGACUGCUACUUCUUUUACUAUUCCACCUGCACUAAAGGAGACAGCUGCCCAUUCAGACACUGUGAGGCAGCUAUGGGCAGUGAGAUCGUCUGCAACCUCUGGCAGGAGGGACGCUGUUUCCGUACCGUCUGCAAGUUUCGCCACAUGGAGAUCACAAAAAACCGGAAGGAGAUACCUUGUUAUUGGGAGAGCCAGUCAGCCGGCUGCCAGAAGCCACACUGUGCCUUCUUCCAUGAAAGGCCCCGCUACAUCGAGGGCAUGUUUGUCCCACCGGACAAAAGUCUAAGCAAAGCCGAAGAACAGCCACAUGAGGAACCAGCUCCUCCGCCAAUUGCCCCCCUCCCCACUGCAGCCAAUCCCCAGCUCAGAGGCGUGAUCAAGACAGAAACUCAGGAGCCAGUACCAAGCCCCACACACCCACCAGUGGUAAUUAAUCCAGCAGAUGAUGACGAGGAUGAAGAUGACCAGUACUCAGAGGAGGGAGAAGAUGGAAAGGUUGGCCUCUCUCCUAGAAAACUAUCCAAGUCAGACUCACUGAACUUUGGAGUGAGCACCUUGGAGGAGAUUCGGCUUAGGAAGGCCCUGAAGGCCAGCAUGAAGAGAACUGGUUACCCCAUCCAGAGUGCUGAUACUUCAUCCAACGGAGAGAAAGAAAACAUCCAGUCAUUCUUCCGACCAGCCCUCUUUGAGACUGGAGAUGGCCCACUUCUCUUUCAAGAAACUGGGAGACCCAGAGGUAGUGUGGCUGAAAGGCUUGGGAAGAAGAUGCCCCACAGCGAUAUGAACAAUGGAGAUGGUGUUCCACUAAGAAGAGGUCUGGCUGGGCGUCUGGGAAGAAUUGUGGAUGAGGAAGAGCCAUUAAUGCCCCCUCAAAAAGCUUUGAAGCCAAUUAAGGACAGACUUGGAUUGCCCGGGUCUGUUUCACCCACCAAACCAGCGGAGACCAACGUGGAGUCAAGGAAAGCUUCUGAGCAGAUCCGCAUCAAAACUCUGGAGGAAAUCAGACAGGAGAAGGCAGGAAAAUCUCCGUCCCAGAGCCGUAAAGCCGAUCCUGAAACCGACAUACCCAAACCGACCAAGAGUGCUAAGCGAGCUAGCACCAUCAAAAAGGAUCCCAUUAGCCACAUCAAAACCUUCUCUGAGAUCCUGCAUGCAAAGAAGAAAAGGCAGGAGGAGCAGGAUCAAAGCCCCACCCUCAAGAAGGCCAGGCUCAGUGUAGAGAAAGCUGCAGGCAAGAGCCAGGGACCGUCUGACACUGUGGCUGCUAGUCCUGAGGCAGCAAACCUGGGGGAGCUUAGAGUGAAGACUCUGGAGGAGAUCCGCAUGGAAAAGGCAGGCAGGAGUCCAGCUCAGCAGUCCCUGGAGGCUGAGAACAAGAAGAGCUCUGAUUCUGAAGAGACUGAUGCUAAAAAGCCUCGCCUAGCCUCGUGCAUCAAGAAACCGGCUCGGCAAAGCAACGGAACAACAGAGAAGAGUGAUGAAGUGACCAAGAAGACAGUGAAAACUCCCCCUGCUGCUCCUGAGGCCAGUGAUGCCACCAGUAACAAUCUCAAGGUCAAGACCUUUGAGGAGAUCAUGCGGGAGAAGCGCCUUCGCAAGCAGGAAAUGGAGGAGCAAGCCCAAGGCUUGGCUGAAGCAGAGCCUUCUCAGAAACAAACCACUGAAGGAACCUUGAAAAGGAAAGUUCCUGCUAAAGUCACUGUCACGUACCAAGGCUCUUCAUCCCCUGACUCUACCCCUUCAACCCAAAAGCUCCCUGUUAGUAAACCGAUCCCUCUCAAAUCCAAGGCUGGUUCCCCUCUGAACAGCUCGCCUCCUCGUAUAAGACCUGCUGCCGUUACAACUGCCGUUACAACUGCAUCAUCAAGCCCUGUGACUAAGAGCUCUUCUCCACUGCAAGCUGAGACCAAGUGUGAAUCGCAGAGCCCCGGCAGCUCCAGGGAGGUCCCAGACAAAAACACAAGGAGUCCCACUUCACUUUCGCUAGCCAGGCAGGCCAGAGCCGCUCCACAGGGUGCUACUUCUGAUAUAACACUGAACAAUUAUCAGAAAUCCCCAGAACACACUGCAAACACUAAAGUGAGGCCAAAGCUGAAUGUGAAGCCGUCUGUCAUGAAGCCUGCAGUGCAGCUGAAACCAGGCCAGAAGAGAAGAGGGACGCAGCGCUCUGCUGUUGCUGCUGUUAAACCCCUGAACAGCGGCCCCGCAGUGCAGGAGGGGCCCCGGCAGGAGACAGCAUGCAGAGACAGACAGGAGUCCCCUCAGUCCAAUGCAGAGGCUCAGCUGAGCGCUGCUGUCCCCCGCAGUCCCAGCACCCUACUAGACUUAGGGUCGGGCUGCAGCCCCCUGACAGAGGAGCUCCAGACUGUCCCAGUGUUCACACAGAGCCAAGAGACCCCACAGGCUGUCAGAGACGCCUGUACCGUCCCCCAAAGCCCAGUCCUGAAGUCCCCCACACAGCCAAAGUCACGGAGACUGAGCGCAGCCCGCACCACCUCCACCUCCAGCACUGCUGCCUCCACCUCCGCCGUGGAUGACUUUGAGGAGCUGAUAAACGAGUUUACCGACGACCAUCUGGAGGGAGACAUGGACCCUGGCAUCGAAGAGGAUGACCUGCUGCAGGAACUCUCAGAGAUGAUUGACAGCUGAGGGCUCAGUCAAGCACAAUCAACCCCCUGCCCCGACUUCUUGCUCACAACCAUGUCUUGUUUUCAAGAAGUGAAGACCAUCACCAUAUCUACCAUUUAAAAAAAAAAAAAAAGGGAAGACGUUUUCCCUGAAAGCUUCAACUUGUUUUAAGCUUUAGGUUCGUAUUGGUUUUUACCUUUGAAAUCUCCUUUUUCAUUUCCUGCCAAUAUGAUCAUCUGCUUACACCAGGGUUAUUCUGCAGAGCUUUGACUCUUUCUUUAUCAUGUCAGUUCAUGAUCAUUGUUAAACUUUUCAGCUCUUGAAAAGAGAAAUUGAAAAAAGGUUGGCUCUGGGAGAUAUUGUUAAUAACAUCAGUUUGUCAGCAAUCCUGGAUGAUGUUACAUUGUAGGAAUGAUGAAUGUGUUAUUUUUAGAGGGAAGUCACAUCUGUAUACUGUGUAUGCCAAGGGAAGAGCAAUCUGGGUAUGUGAAUAAUGAAUACUGCUGCACUAAAAGUAGCCUUCCCCCAAUUUUGUUUUUUUGUUUUCCCAGAUUAUGACAUUUAAAUGUAUUCAUUUUAAUUUAACAAUGACAACCCUGUGUCAUCAAAGCUCAGAUCAGAGCCUGUGAGGAAGAUACUGAGUUCAUCAGUCAUAUAACUAUCUGGAACAGGUGUAUGUGUUCAUAGAUUUUCAUAGAUAGAGUGCACCUUCUGCCAGUGGAUGCUCUUUAGCGUUUUUAUAAUGUUUGACUGAAAUGUAUUUUUAUUCAGUGGAAAUACCUUUAAAACAUCUAUUCUGGGAUAAAAGUGUGUAUUAAAGUGCUCUCUGGGCUUUGUUAAAGAACACCUCAGGGACUGAUUCUGAUGUUUGUAUGUUCCCAAUAUGAUUGACAAACAGUGUAUUUGAGUUCAACAAUGUUGUCUUUAGUUUUCUUUUCUCUUUUGUGUUUGCAUUGGCUUAUUAAUGUGAUGUGAGAAAAGUUCAACUUGUUUUUUAGUCUUAAUACGCGUUUGUUCUGUCAUGACCCUUUCCCACGAGCUUACUGUUAAAUCACUUCUACAUAUUACUGUGUAAAUAAAAAGUGCUUUUAAUGACG